CUUGCUGCUGGACAGUAAGACCCAGGGAGCCAGGAGAUAGGUUUUUUUGUCUUGUUCCAUAUAUUGAAUCUCCAGUGCUGAAUGGUGCUUGGUCCAUAGUAGGAACUCAGUAUAUAUUUGCAGAACGAGGAAAUUAGUGUCAUCUAAAAAAGAUGUUAAAAAAGUGCUGUAGGGAUUGAAGAGGUAGAGCUUAGUCUCAGCUGGGGACAUUUCCUGAUCCCUGAGGGACCAUCGAGGUUAGGGUUAGUGUUCCUGCUGCUGUACUCAGGCCCAUUUUACAAAUGAGGAAACUGUCACAGAGAGGGAAAGUGAUUUGCCAGAGUCACACAAUGUUUUUGGCUGAAAUUUGUUCCCCUCCUCCCCAAAUUCCUCCAUUGAAGUCUUAACACCUAGUACCUCCGAGUGUGACUGUAUUUGGAAGUAGGAUCUUUAAAGAGGUAUAUUAAGAUGAGGUCAUGUGACAGGGCCCUACUCCAUUAUGACUAAUGUCCUUAUAAAAGGAGAUUAGGGCACAGACAACAUGCACUGAGGGAAGAUGACGUGAAGGCACAGAAAGAAGACAUCUGCCAGCCAAGCAGAGAGGCCUCAGAAGAGACAUCCCUACCAGCGUCACGAUCGUGGACUCUGGCCUCUAGAAUCAUGAGGAAACUGGAACACAAAGAGACUGAGCAACCUGCCCAAGUGCAUCAGGCAACUCUGUGCUGGAUCCGGGAUUCGGACACAGGCAUGGAUUUGGAUUCAGCUCCAAGAGCAUGUUCCUACCCAUCAUGCUAUUCUCCAGGGGUAUGUCUACAAGCCAAAGGCAUUUUCAAAGAUGAGAGGAAUCACAGCCAUGGCCCCCACCCUCCAGGAUUUGGCCGACACGGAGUCUGUGCACGUGAAAACCAAGAACUUGCUAAAGCAAGAGACGCUCUUCCUCUCAUAGAGGACUCUAGUAACUGUGACAUUGUGAAAGCUACUCAAUACGGGAUUUUUGAACGAUGUAAAGAGUUGGUAGAAGCAGGAUAUGAUGUCAGGCAACCGGACAGAGAAAAUGUGUCACUUCUUCAUUGGGCUGCUAUUAACAACAGACUGGAUCUUGUAAAGUUUUAUAUUUCAAAAGGUGCUGUGGUAGAUCAGUUGGGUGGAGAUUUAAAUUCAACUCCUCUUCACUGGGCCAUCAGACAAGGACAUUUACCUAUGGUCAUAUUAUUACUGCAGUAUGGUGCGGACCCCACGCUUAUCGAUGGAGAGGGAUUCAGCAGCAUCCACCUGGCGGUAUUAUUUCAACACAUGCCCAUUAUAGCAUAUCUCAUCUCAAAAGGACAGAGUGUGAAUAUGACAGAUUUGAAUGGGCAGACACCUCUCAUGUUAUCAGCUCACAAAGUACUUGGGCCAGAACCAACUGGAUUUCUUUUAAAGUUUAAUCCUUCUCUAAACGUCGUUGAUAAAAUACACCAAAACACUCCACUCCACUGGGCAGUUGCAGCAGGAAAUGUUAAUGCUGUUGAUAAACUCUUAGAAGCUGGUUCUAGCCUGGAUAUCCAAAAUGUUAAGGGAGAAACACCCCUUGAUAUGGCUCUGCAAAACAAAAAUCGGCUCAUUAUUCACAUGCUAAAAACAGAGGCCAAAAUGCGAGCCAACAAAAACUUCAGACUUUGGAGGUGGCUGCAGAAAUGCGAGCUCUUCCUGCUGCUGAUGCUUUCUGUGACUACCAUGUGGGCCGUUGGGUACAUACUGGACUUCAAUUCAGAUUCUUGGCUUUUGAAAGGAUCUCUUCUAGUAACAUUGUUUUUUCUGACAUCUUUGUUUCCAAGGUUCUUGGUCACCUAUAAGAGUCUUGUGUACUUACCAACAGUCUUUCUGCUAAGUUCCAUUUUUUGGAUAUUUGUGACUUGGCUUAUCUUAUUCUUUCCUGAUAUCCUUCAAGCUUAAAUUUAAAUGCAUAUCUCCCUUUG